AUGGCUGAUGUCCAGCUUACAAGRGAUGCGCUUGCUGAGACCAAGCGUCUAGCCAAAUUCCUACCAGGCAGAGAUCCUACCUCAGUCGGUGUUCGUCCCGUCAAUCGUCAGACUUUCACGCAAGAUGGCCUCUUACAAGAUUUGGAUGUGGAAGUCCCUGUUAGAGACGGCACAAUAUUGAGAGCCAACAUUCAUCGACCAGCAUCUCGUAAAGACGACCCAUUGCCUGUCAUACUUAACUACAGUGUCUACGGAAAAGAUGGCGGCGCCAUUGACAUUUGCAUGUUCCCACCUACGUGCGGAGUGGAUCCCAGCAGGAUAUCCAAACACUACAUCUUCGAGGCCGCGGAUCCGGGUUGGUGGUGCGAAAAGGGAUUUGCGGUCGCAACGGUAGAUGCGAGAGGUUGUCAGAACUCCGAAGGCGACAAAGGAUACUACUCUAGGGACGUGGGUCUUGAUGGUUACGACAUUGUUGAGUGGCUCGCAAACCAGGCCUGGAGUAACGGAAAUGUUGCAAUGUAUGGAGCGAGUGCUUAUGCAAUGGUGCAAUGGCUGGUGGCCGCGGAGAAUCCGCCCUCUCUAAAGGCGAUCAUUCCUAUCGAUGGCAUGACGGACGUCUAUCGUGAAGUGAUCUCGCAAGGAGGUAUACCCGAAACACACUUUACGGAGUUUUACCCUUUGUUCUGGAACUGGGGUCGCAAUCAGAUUGAGGACACGCAAACAGGCAGAGACCAUCCAUAUUUUGACGAGUAUUGGAAGAGUAAGAUCCCUGCGCUCGAGAGGAUCCAAUGUCCAGCAUAUGUCAUUUCUGGUUGGGGCGACCAUGGCCUCCACACACGAGGCACGCUUCACGGCUGGAAGACCAUCUCGUCUGAGGAGAAAUACCUCGAAAUACAUCAAUGUCAGAAAUGGGAGUGGUCCGUCACCGAAGAAUCGCUUGCACGUCAGAAGGCUUUUCUCGAGAAGUACCUCCUGCAUAGAACCGACACUGAGGUUGAACUAUGGCCCAAAGUACGAUACACCAUGAGAGAGCGAUUCUACGUUGGCGAGUGGCGCUUCGCCAACAACUUUCCAAUCGACACGACCGAGUACACCAAGCUGUUCCUCACGAAUUCUCAAGGUCUAAGCAUUGUGCYGCCAGGCAAGGCUCAAUCUGUAUCCUACGAUGCAAGAUCUGAAGAAGUUGUUUUUGAUCUGCCAAUCUUUCAAUCGUCAUUGGAAUUUGCAGGUCACGCCAAACUUCGUCUCUGGGUGGAGGCCCAAGAUGCAGAUGACAUGGACCUUUUCAUUACCCUUCGAAAAGUAGAUUCAUCCGGGAAAUCUGUCGGCUUCGCAUGGUUUAGCUUCCUGCAAGACGGUCCCAUAGGCUUCGGCUUCAUGAGAGUCUCACGCCGUGAGCUGGAUACCAAGCUUUCAACCCCCUACUAUCCCGUCCAGGCCCACCAACGCGACCUAACACUCUCACCGGGUGAAAUUGUGCCAGUCGAUAUUGAAAUUCUCCCUAGCUCCUGUCGCUUGCGUCCUGGUGAGCGCCUCCAAAUCAACAUUUCUGGACACGAUUAUGGGUCAUACCCUCCUCAUCUUCCUUUGAUGCGCCAUUCUCGCACGAAGAACGCGGGCAAACAUUUCAUACAUUUUGGUGGACACUACGACAGCCAUCUUCUUCUUCCGGUUAUCCCCGCUAUACCCAACUCAUACUCCAAGAUCAAUAACGUCAAGAUGUUCAUGGUUGCUUCUCGUUAUCCUGGCUGGUCCGACGAAAAGUUUCUCAACGAAUACACUGGUGUACACGCCACCAUGACCCAAGAGAUGUCGAAUCAAGUCCCCACCAUGCGGAACUACACCCAAGUCCUAGCAAUACCUAGUGUGAAUGUCGAAGCCGCCAAGGCCUUUGGAUCAUCCGAUGACUCCUGGGAUUGCGUCUCGAUUAUGGGGUGGUCGUCCGUGAGGACGCUGUGGGGCUCCUUACACUCGCCGGAAUACCUAUCCUCAGAAGCUGGAAAGCACGUCUACACCGACUCCACACGGCUUCUGGGACUAGUUGCAACGCCAGAAGUAGACAUCGUCCUCCUACCGAUCGAGUUGGAGGAGCGUGGAAAAGGUUCUGUUCUUGUGGUGCUUUUGCUUGCAAAAUGUGCGGAGAUCAGUGCAUACAAUGCAGCAGAUGUCGCAGAGAGGGCAGAAAUUGUUACGCGAGCCUCAAACGACUCUGGGCUGUUGAGAUACUGUUUUAACAAAGCCAUUGAUUUGGAGGAAUUUGGCGGCUUUUUCAACGAAACGCCGUUCAAAGACGCGGAUUUCGAAACCCUUGGGGGUGUGGAGCAGUAUUGGUUCACAGAUAUGAAAAGUGCUGAAGCUUGGCUGACUACGGAGACUUCGAGGCAGGCGGUACAGAGUCUGCCCGGUUUUUUCGAUGCCCGUAAAUCUUUGAUGGUUGUGGGAGCUGAAAAUCGGGUGGUCUGCAAGGAAAGGGAGUUUUAG